CCGUCGCCAAAUUUUUUUUUUUAUGAGCUGAUCGUAAGCCAGAGUGCAAAUUAUGACUGAUUUAGAGAGCAUGGUGAUUGAAGCAGAGAGAGAGAAUUCUGACGCCCUCACUCUCCGGUAUCUGGGCCAAGUACUCGAUGUCUUGCUUGAUCCAAGCAAGAAGAUCGUGGACGAUACAAGCCUGCAAAGAUUGCUCGAGUACUGCAAGACUAUUUUCAGCCAAAAAGAUAUCUGCAAAGAGGAGGCUGGUGUGAAGCACGUGUUUGACUUCUUGGAGGCAUGCUGUGUCAAGGAACCUCAUCAAUUUGACCCUUGCGCUUUAACCUUUGCCCUCCAGCUAGUCAGAUGCCUGUCAUCCAAUCAGGAGCUUCUGAAUCGGUUGACUAAAGGUGAUGAUCACAACAAUUCAGAAGGAGGAGGAGGUCUUUUGGUGAGAAUGUUGAAGCGGGCGAGCAGUGCAGACUUCUUCUCAGACCCUUGCAUGAAGGAAGCAUGGCUUGCCUCUCUACGCACACUCAAUGACAUUGAGAAAUUCUGGACAAUCUGCAUUCAAACAGAUGCUUUACGGAUAGCGAUGGAUCUCCUGAAAGACACAAGCAUGUUCGUGGUGAAAUCAUCUCAGAACUUCCUUGCUCGAAUACUGAUCCUCCAAUACAGACAAGACACGCCGAAGACACCCAAAGAACUGCAGAAGGCCAUGUCCAAUGAUGGACAGGAACCCAGCAGCCUGCAGGAGAUGGUGCAGGACUGUCCUGGAGAAGGGAGUAGCAAGAUGGCGGAUGGUGAUGGACCUGUCCAGGAUGAUCAAGACAUGAAGAUCAAUGGUGAUGAUGCUGGGGGAGGUGAUGGUGAAGGUGUCAAGCGCAAACUGGAUGAAGAAGAUGAGGAAUCAGACAGUAGGGCCCAAAAGAAAUCUCGACUAUCAGCUAGCUGCGAUGGCAUUGCUGGAAGCGCUAGUGAUCUAGAAGUCAUCCAGCUAUCUAAAACCCUUAUGAAGAGUGAAGAGGCAGCGCCAAUCCUGGCAAGCUUGCUGCUAGGUUUAAAAGCCUCCGACAGUCACGAGCAGGCAUUGCUUCAGGUCUCUCCUCGGCCAUCGGACAGUGAGAUAAAGACCAUCCUGAGUCUAGGAGUGUUCAGAUGUGUACUCCAGGAUGCAGCUGACGGAGAUCUGAAGUCAAGAGGACUCCACCUCCUAAAAGAUGUUGCUAUGACAACAAGGUGCAAACGACUUCUCUCUAUGGAGGGCCUGCUCUGUGAUAAGUUGUGUGAUGAUGUGGUGGAAUUUCUUGGAUGUCUCCUUCAGCUUGAAAGCAAAAUGUGCUCAUCCCUGACAUCAUCACUCUUGUUGGAUGUUCAAUCACUGCCGUAUGAGUUGGCUAAGAAAGGACUUGUCAAGCCUGCCAUUCAUCUUGCCUUCAGCGUCCUUAAGCUAUGUAGCACCAUACCUCAAAGCUCUAAACCUGAUGCAGCAUCCUCAGUGCAGAGCGCCUUCUCUGUCCUAGUGGGUCCAGUCUGUGUGAUCCUGGAGAGAAGCCCUCUAAAGACUGAGGUGAUUCUGGACCAAGAUGUCUUAGAAGAACUUGGAUUGAAGAUGAGCAGCGGAAGACACUCUCCUUCCAUCAUCUGCACUGCUUUAUCAGCAUUAGGGGACUUUGUUAAAGAGGGUCACUGCUUGCCGUGCUUACCUGCCUCUCAAGUAUUCCAUCUUGCAGCGGUACUGCUGAAUGCAUUCACUCCUAAUGCAAAGAAAACCAGCCAAUCAAAAGGAGUAAUGCCUGAUUACAAGUCCUUGAUUGGUUCAAGGAAGAUUGUGACAUCAUUGCUAGAUCUAGCUCAUGUCAGUUUAACAGGAGCUUGUUUGAGUCCUGAUAUCUGGUUGCUUGUAGCUACUAUCAACACUAUACUCAAGAACCCAGAUGCAGAAUACCAGGUCAUCUUGAAAAUUCUGACAAUUGUCCCUGACCUCGUACCAGCUGCCAUGGAAACCAAAGAACAUCCGGUCUCCAUAGAGAACACCAAGAGGGAUGCCCUGAUGAUGGAGGUUGGCUACGCCCUUCAGAAGCGCAUGUGUAACAUAGAAUGGGAGGUCAGAGACUCCACCAUAACGUGUGUGGGCAAGCUGCUGCAGAAAAAGUCUGAUCCUGUUAAGGAAUGGCUGAAGCGGAACAACCUGCAUAGAAGGCUGUGGGAGAGUCUAGCAGACAGUGAGAGCUAUGUCAGGUCAAGCACCCUUCAAGCACUUCCUGUCCUUGGAAGCAGUAAGGAAUUAUGGGAAGACGUACUGACCAGCAGUCGUAUUACACAGGUAGAGGUCAUUGCCAAGUUGACAGAGGUCAUCAAAUCGGACAGUGAAGCCUUUCCCAGAAGAGCUGCUAUUGGCUGUCUCCUGACCUGGCUCAAGGAUGAGGCUUGGAUGCAGGAGAGCAUCAAGAACAUCAUCACCAAGAGCAAGACCGAUAAACCAUCAUCACCACCACUCCAGGAUACCACAGAGGGUAAGGGUCAGGACAGUGAUGGUGUGAGUCUGCAAGGCCAAACAACAGAUGGUAGCGGUGUAACAUCAUGCUCUGGUUCAGGGGAAGAUUCUGUAACUCAAGAGCAAACGAAUCCAGAGGAGAAGGUGAAGGAUGAGGGGUUUUUGACAGUAGCUGAGAUGAUCAGUGAUGCACUUUUCGCAACGACCGAUGACAGUGGUGAGACCACUUCUUCUUCCCUACACAAAUCUGCUUUGCAGAAGAAGAGGAAGCCAGAACAGAAGGCGAGGGAUGAGGAGUGUGGGACAUUAGGUGGGAUGGUUCUGGAUGCAGUCUCCAUAGCAACAUGUGACUUUGAUUGGGAGAUGAAACUGCAUGCUCUUGAUUUCUUUCUCCAUCUGCUGAAUCAUUAUAUUCCAGGAUAUGACUCCACACAUGCCUCAUCUUCAAUCCAAUCCUAUCGUCCUAUGCAAAGGACAAAAAUUGAAGAACUUCUCGGAGAUGAGGAAAUGAAAGUGCUUGUGUGUUUUUUCUCUAGGACUGGAUGCUUGGCUAAAAUAGAGAGGGGAAGUCGUGAUGAGGAUGUAAGUGUGGCUCGCAAAGCUUGUGAGAUGCUACAGAGCUUGAAAGUGGCUCUUGGUGAUCUUUUCAAGAAAAUGGAGUCUCCUGCUCAAAGUAGUCAAGAAGACAGAACUGAAAACAGUGUUUCUAGCGAACAGAAAGACCAAUGCUCUGUAAAUAAGCAAGUGACGACUACCGGUAGUAGCAUCGUUACUGGAGCAGACAUCCUUACAACAGGAUCACCUGGCACCUUGACUGAUAGCAGUGUUAGCGACAUUGAUAGACAAUCUGUGUGUGAUUUGAUUGGACAGUUGUUUGAGAAUGAUUGGAAUGAUCUAUUAAAUCAUAGGGAGUCGGACAAUGUGGAGGGACCAGUAUCACUCAUGAUGGAUAUUCUUGCUGCAGCAGAUGAGAAAGAUGAAAAUCUCUUAGACUGCUAUUAAAAUUGGCACGACAUUAUAUCUCCAUGAAGAGUAUUUUUUUUUGUGCUCAUUUUUUUGUUGUUGUACAGAUACCCUUACAGUGUAUUUCAUGACAGAGAUACAUGUUUGAAAGUAUUCGUAUAGAAGAAUAUACAUUAAAGCCCCACUGCACUACUUACAGCUACUUGCGCCCUCUAUAUAGCAAACAAUGCCUAAUCGGUGACCAUUGGUCCCC